UCUAAAACCGCUCUCAUUGCGAUUUUAACCUAAACAGUAAAAACAACAACAUGAUUAAUCUCAAAGUGUUGUUCUAUGUAACAAUUUUCGCCAUUUUCUGCUCUUGUUUGAAAUGUGUUGAUUGUGCGCCAGCCGUUCGAAGUGACGCAAUUAUAACAAAGUGGCCAGAAAACGAAAACUCUCCAGACGAAGACCCCGGAUGGAUGCGAAGACAACUGAUGCGAUUCGGGGAAGUCGCCAGCCAAGUCGGCAACUCGAUGGGGGCCCACGCCGCUAAAAUAAGCUCAGCUAUCGAUAAAGUCUGCGAGAUUGUCAAGACAAUCAUUCCUCUCGUAGCAGCGGUGUGCCACGUCGGAGAAUUUAAAUUUUGUACCGCCACAACCCAGGCUGGAAAAUAAAAUGUAUGAAAAACAACCACAAAGGGUUUGAAAUAAAAUAUUUCUUUAUUAAGUA